GUUCGUCCUUUUCGGAAAAUUAUACCAAAACCACUUUUUGAAGAUGUCAUGUCUUUCUUAAUGGCCGGGACGGAACCAGAGCAAAAGAAACUACCUGCUCGUAUUGGAUCUUUUAUGGACGGAUCGAAAAUUAUUACAAAAAAACAUUUGGCUGUUAUCACUAACUGGAUUAAAAGAGAUGACGCACAGGUGGAAGAAAAUCAAUUUCUAUUUACUCUUAUUUAUCGUGGAACUCGUGAUGGAUUUGAUGUUAAUUCGUUUCAUGAAAAAGUUAAUGGCAAAGGAGAAGCGAUUGCAGUCAUAAAGAUAGAGAAUUCAAACACCAUAGUUGGUGGAUUUAAUGCAACCGGGUGGCAUUACAAAGCGAAUGAAGAACCAAAGUAUACUGGGUUUAGUACUGGAUUUAACAGUAACAUUAGAAACAAUCAGCACUGGAUUAAUAGCAAAGAUCAUUUUGUAUUUUCUUUUAAAACUACCAAAGACCGAAAAAUUGGUCGGUCCAGCGGGUCUAAUGGAAUAUAUGUUAAUAAUAAGGAUAUUUUAAAUUUUGGAGAUGGCGAUUUGUUAAUUAAUGGAAAAUGUGAAACGUGUAGCCAGCAUUCUUAUGACAAUAGAAUUCUAGAUAGAAAUAGUUUUAUUGUAGAAAAGGAUAUCAAUAGUUUUAUUGUAGAUAAGGAUAUCAAUAGUUUUAUUGUAGAAGAGUUAGAAGUGUUCAGUGUUCA